GUGCCCUUGGCUCGAGGGAGGAGCCCGAGUUCGUGACCGCUCGUGCUGGCGAGAGCGUGAUCCUGGGAUGCGACGUGAUCCACCCGCUCACGGGGCAGCCCCCUCCCUAUGUCGUGGAGUGGUUCAAGUUCGGCGUGCCCAUCCCCAUCUUCAUCAAGUUUGGGUUUUACCCUCCCCAUGUCGACCCGGAGUAUGCCGGCCGGGCCAGCCUGCACGACAAAGCAUCCCUGCGCAUUGAGCAGGUGCGCUCCGAGGACCAGGGCUGGUACGAGUGCAAAGUGCUCAUGCUGGACCAGCAGUACGUCGGCAGCUGGGUCCACCUCACGGUCAAUGCUCCCCCCACCUUCACGGAGACACCGCCGCAGUACGUAGAGGCGAAGGAAGGCAGCAGCAUCACCUUGACCUGCAUGGCGUUCGGGAACCCCAAGCCCAUUGUCACCUGGCUGAAAGAGGGAGACCUUUUGGGUCCCAAUGGCAAGUACCAGGUGAGCGACGGGAGCCUGACGGUGCUCUCCAUCAGCCGGGAGGACAGGGGUGCCUACACCUGCCGCGCGUACAGCAUCCAAGGGGAGGCUGUGCACACCACGCGCCUGCUUGUUCAAGGACCUCCCUUCAUCGUUUCCCCUCCGGAGAACAUCACGGUCAACAUUUCCCAGGAUGCGCUCUUUACCUGCCAGGCCGAGGCGUACCCCGGGAACCUCACCUACCUGUGGUACUGGGAGGAGGAGAACGUCUACUUCAAGAACGACCUGAAGUUGAGGGUGCGGAUCCUGAUCGAUGGGACGCUGAUCAUCUUCCGUGUCAAGCCAGAGGAUGCUGGAAAAUACACCUGUAUCCCCAGCAACAGCCUGGGCCGCUCGCCAUCGGCCUCUGCCUACCUGACGGUGCAGUAUCCUGCCCGCGUGGUGAACAUGCCCCCCGUCAUCUACGUUCCCAUUGGGAUACACGGAUACAUCCGCUGCCCGGUUGAGGCAGAGCCUCCGGUCACUCUGGUCAAGUGGAACAAAGACGGACGUCCCCUGAGAAUUGAGAAGUAUUCUGGCUGGAACCUGCUGGAAGACGGGUCGAUCCGGAUAGAGGAGGCAACCGAAGAUGCUCUCGGCACUUACACCUGUGUGCCUUAUAAUGCCCUGGGUACGAUGGGCCAGUCUCCCCCUGCCCGACUGGUACUGAAGGACCCCCCCUAUUUCACGGUGCUACCAGGCUGGGAGUACAGACAGGAGGCAGGGAGGGAGCUGUUGAUUCCUUGCGCUGCUGCCGGAGACCCCUUUCCCAUCAUCGCCUGGAGAAAGGUAGGGAAGCCCAGCAGGAGCAAGCACAACACACUGCCCGGCGGCACCCUGCAGAUCCGCUCCCUCGGCAAGGACGACCACGGCGAGUGGGAGUGCGUUGCCACCAACGUCGUCGCAAGCAUUACUGCCAGCACCCACCUUACCGUCGUAGGCACGAGCCCUCACGCCCCGACCAGCGUGCACGUUGUGGUCGCCAUGACCUCAGCCAACGUCUCCUGGGAGCCCGGCUACGACGGUGGAUACGAGCAGACUUUCUCAGUUUGGUACGGCCCUCUGAUGAAGAGAGCCCAGUUUGGCCCCCAUGACUGGCUGUCUCUCCCCGUGCCAGCUGGUUCCAGUUGGCUACUGGUGGAUACCUUGGAACCGGAGACUGCGUACCAGUUCAGUGUCUUGGCUCAAAACAAGCUGGGCACCAGCUCCUUCAGUGAGGUGGUCACUGUGAACACUCUAGCAUUCCCUGUAACAACUCCAGAGCCUCUGGUGUUGGUUACCCCACCGAGGUGCCUAACAGCCAACCGAACACAGCAAGGCGUCCUCUUGUCGUGGCUUCCUCCCGCUAACCACACCUUCCCCAUCGACCGCUACAUCAUGGAGUUCCGCGUUGCGGAGAGGUGGGAGAUCUUGGAUGACGGCAUCCCGGGGACCGAGAGCGAGUUUUUUGCCAAGGACUUGUCCCAGGACACCUGGUAUGAGUUCCGGGUCCUGGCGGUCAUGCAGGAUCUCAUCAGCGAACCCAGCAACGUUGCUGGCGUGUCCAGUACAGACGUAUUCCCUCAGCCUGACCUGACGGACGAGGGUCUAGCCCGCCCAGUGCUGGCUGGCAUCGUUGCCACCAUCUGCUUCCUCCUCUUCAGCACACUCGCCGCCUGCUUCGUCAACAAGCAACGCAAACGCAAGCUCAAGCGCAAGAAAGACCCACCUCUCUCGAUAACCCACUGCAGGAAGAGUUUGGAGUCCCCGUUGUCUUCCGGCAAGGUGAGUCCUGAGAGCAUCCGCACGCUUCGUCCCCCAUCGGAGUCCUCCGACGACCAGGGCCCGCAGGCCAAGCGG